AUGGCGGGGCCCCGCGGCGCCGACGCCCCCCGCCUGAGCGGAGGCCGCACCUCGCCUGGGCGGCCGCCCGCGCCGACUAGGAAGCGCCCAGGCAGCCGCCGGCAGGGAGCGGGGCAGGGCCGGGCGGGGCGAGGGUGCCGGGCGGGGCGGGGCGGGGCGCCUCAGGCGCGGGCGGCCCGCGGGGGCCAGGCCAUCACUGCCCCGCGCGCCGCGAGCAGGCGCGAGCGCUCCGCGUGCCCGGGGUCCUCGGGGUCGCCGCCGCAGCCGCCUGGGCGGCCGGUGAUGCUGCCGCCGCUGCCGCCGCCGCAGCCGCCCUGUGCAUUGUGGGAGCGGGAGGAGGCUGCGCUCCGGCGCUACCCCCGCGGCUGCCCCCGGCGCUCGCCCGCCCACGCGGCCUCCCCUCGGCGGUCCGCCCAGAGCAUCCUCCGCCUGACCGCGUGCGCGGCAGCCGCCGAGGCCCCGAAGGGCGCCCCCGACCUCUCUUCCGCGGCACACCUGCCCCGGGGCCGCGUCACUCUCCGGACGCCCCUCUCCCCUAAGCGAGCCCUGGACUGCGCAGUACGGCCCAGCCACGGAGAGGCGCGGUGA